AUGAAAGAAAGAAGAAAUGCAAGUCUUAUUGAGAUAAAGAAUUUGCAACGGUUAACAGUUUUAUAUUUAAACGUACAAAGUGAAGAAGUUUUACCAGAGGGGUUAUUUAGUAAAAAAUUGGAGAGAUACCAAAUAUCUAUUGGAGGAAUCUACAACUUUGAUUAUGCAGGUGGAUCAUCAAGGUGUUUGCACUUAAAUCUCUAUCAAAGGAAAGAAUUAAAUGCCCUUGGGCUUGUAUGGCUGAUGAAAAUGUCUGAAUAUUUAUCAUUAGAGAGAUUAAUGGAUGUCAACAAUUUUGUUCGUGAUCUCGACAGAGAGAAUUUUCCUCGAUUGAAGCAUCUUAUGUUUUAUAAUAAUGAUGGAGUUCAAUACGUCAUUGAUUCUACGGACUUGAUUCACUCUCAUCAUGCCUUUCCAUGUUUGGAGUCACUAACCCUUGGAAAUUUAACAAGCUUGGAAAGAAUAUGCCAUGGUAAACUCCCAGUAGGCUCAUUCAAGGAAUUAAGGAAGGUGGUAUUAUGGAAAUGUGAUAGAUUGAAGAAUUUGUUCCCUCUGUCUAUCAUCAAACUACUUCAUUAUGUUAACGUUAGUGAGUGCGAGAUGAUGGAAGAGAUAGCAAAUGGGAGAGAAGAUGAUGAAGAUGCCCAUAAGAUUGAGUCUUUGCAAUUGUGCUUUUUGUGUCUACGUUCUUUACCAAACUUUGUCCACUUCUAUUGCUCCAAGCUGAAGGAAACUUGUGCAUCUUCAAUGAUAGAUUAUUCCAAACCCUUAUUCAGUGAAACGGUUUUAUUUCCUAACUUGAAGGAAUUGACUAUAUGGGAAAUUAGUAUAGAAAAGAUAUGGCCAAAUCAACUUUCAUCAGGUUCUUUCAUGCAAAACUUAACAAGUUUAGAAGUCGAAAGCUGCAAUAGUUUAAAGUAUCUAUUCUCUUUUUCUCUUGCUCAAAAGCUUUUAAACCUAAAGAAAUUGGAAGUUAGAUAUUGUAUAGCAAUGGAAGACAUAGGAGUGACCAAUAAGAAACUUGGAGAAGAAGACACUCAGUUGGAAAAUAUUUUGUUUCCUAAAUUGGACUCUAUUGAGCUUUGUCAGCUUUCAGCUCUUCAAAGAUUUUGUGCAAGAAAUUCAUGUAUGGAAUUUCCACUCCUAUCAAAGCUAAUAGUAAAUGAUUGUCAAGAACUCAAGAUAUUUGUUAGCUGUCCAACUAUUCCAAUAUCAGAAGUUUCAAUUGAACAUAGAGAAGUAAACCAAUUGGUAUCAACACAACCUUUCUUCAAUGAAAAGGUUUCGCUUCCUAACCUGAAGGAACUGGAAAUUUUAAAAAUAAAUGCAGUAACAUUAUGGCCAGACCAACUUCCAUCAAAUUUUGACCUACAUAACUUAACAAGCUUAACAAUAGAAAACUGCAACAAAAUAAAAUAUUUGUUUUGUUUCCCUAUGGUUGAAAGGCUUGUAAACCUGAAGAUGCUUGAUAUAGAUGAUUGUUUGGUUGUGGAAGAAAUUCUAAUAAGUGGGAAACUAGGAGAAAAAGGAAUGCUGCAAGAAAAUAUUUUGUUCUCCAAACUAGAAGCUCUUAGCCUCUCCAAACUUCCAGCUUUCGAAACAUUUUGUUCAGAAGAUUCUUCCAUCAAAGAAAUAUCAAUUGAUGACUAUGAAGGGAAGGUCAUAGCAAAACAUCUCUGUAAUGGAAAGAUUGCAUUUCCCAAUGUAACUUCUUACAUUCACAACUUAAGGGAGUUAAGUGUUACAGAAUGUAACAAUUUAAAGUAUCUUUUAUCAUCUUCCAUGGCUCGAUGUCUUGUACAACUUAAGGAAUUAAGAAUAUCUAAAUGUAAGAUGAUUGAAGAGGUAAUAGUUCGUGAGGAAUCAGCUAGAAGCAAAGGAAUAAUAUUAGAAAAUAUUUUACUCCCCAAAUUAGAAUCUCUUGAGCUCUGGCAUCUUCCAAAUAUUAUACAGUUUUGUGAAGGAGAUUGCAUUGAAUGUCCAUUGUUGUCUGAACUAAAAAUAGGGAUAUGUCCUAAAAUUAAGAUAUUUAUCAGUAAUUCUAUGGCUACAAGGACAUAUACUAAUAAUGAGGUACAAGAAAUGGAGUUGGUGACGGCUAGACAAAGUCUGUUCAAAGAUAAUAAGGUCAUUUUCCCUAACUUAAAAGAUUUGACUACUGAUUGGAGUGAAGUAAUAGAGGAGAUAUUUGACACGAGUCAAUCUUCAAUGAUGUCCAUCUUUGGCAACCUUUCCCAACUUGUCUUGAACUGCUCAUCCCGUGAUAAACCAAUUGCUCUACCAAAUUUCAACUUCUUUCAUAAAUAUCAUAAUAUUGAUACACUUGGGUUGAGUGGCUAUUUUGUGGAUGGGCAUCAGCAUCACCAGCAACAACAAUCUGGAGAUGGUGAGACUUAUGAAUUGGUCAACACAAGUUUAAAGACACUGGGUAUUUUCAAUGCUUAUAUGAUGAAUCAUCUGUUUGGAGACCCAGAAUAUGCUCAACCAUCAAAUUCUUUUGUCUUUCAAAACUUAGAAUUUCUCAAUGUUCAGGAAUGUAGUAGAUUACAGAGCGUUGCGCCAUCGUUUAUGUCUUUCCACACAUUGAAAACUCUUAAAGUAUCAAAAUGCCAUGGGCUGACGUAUCUGUUAGCCUCCUCAGCCGCAGCAAGUCUGGUACAUCUCAAAGAAAUGAGCAUAACUGAAUGCAAACGAAUGAGAGAGAUUAUUAAUAGAAAUUAUUAUAAGGAAGGUCAAACAGUAGAGAGUGAACACCAUGAGUUUAUUUUCCAGAAAUUGGAGAAAUUAGAGCUUCAUGAUUUACCCAGUCUUGAAAGCUUCUACUCAGGAAAUAAAGUUGUGAGUUUUCCAAAUUUGGAAGAAAUAUAUUUGAAGGGAUGCCCUGAGAUGAAGAGAUUUUCACAUGGAAAUAUAUGUACCUCCACACUAUUGGACACAGUCGAAGCUGAAGGUGUACAAAUCUGGGAGGGAGAUGUUAAUACAACCCUCGCAAAAAUUUGGGAAGAAAAUUCCGAUUUCAGAUUGCAUUUACAACAUUUAUUCGCUCAAGAAAUGGAUGAUCAGCAUCGUGAAGAGGAUGCUUAAUCAUUAUCUUUUGUGCUUGUGGAACCUACCAAGAAUAAAGCUUUCUUUGAAGCACAUGGUGCAUGUAAGAGAAUGAAAAACUUCUAAUUCCAUCUCAGUUCAAACUGUCUUCGUAGACUUUCUUGAUUCCCCUCAGCAAGUCUAACUUGUUUUGUUUUAGCAGCUUGUUGAAGAUUUGGAACCGUUUCAACUGGUGAACAUAUAAAUGGUGGGAAACUCAGUGCUUAAAAGGAACUUUGCAAUUUGGCAAAUCAUGAAAAUAUGAGAUGAAAGACUCAAAGAAGUCACUAAUGGAAGACUCGAAGAAGACAAUCGAUGAACACUUUUUAACAUUACUGUUGAUGAUUUGUUGAUACAAUGUAGAUAAAUCUAGGCUUUGUGAAACUGGUUUGGCAGUGAUUAUUUUUAGAGGUUUCUCAUAUAAUAAUUGUCUGGCCUUUUCUAUUAUUCAAGUUGUGGGGAUUUGUUUCAUUGUC